CGGUCAUAAAUUAAUUACUGUUGUAGCUGAUGCUUAUUGCAAAUUUAUUAGUAUCCUUCUGUCGUGAUAUUGGAACAUGCAUCCCAGACGAAAACGAAAUUAUUUUCUUUCGCCUUCGUAUGAAGGGAAAAAGUACGAAAAAAAGGUUAAAUUAAAUCCUCGUCUCCCAUUUGAAAACAUAACAAAUGGAGCUAGCGAAAACUCAGAAAGUCGUUCUCCUUUGCACGACGCAUCUAACAGUUGCUUGGUGCAGCCUCCAGAAGAGCCUUCUAUGGAACCAAUAUCGUGUAGCGGCAAUAUCUUUGAAAUGGAAUCUUCUACCCCUUCCCCGAUAGUUACAAAUGAACCGUCUCUCGAAAGGAACUUCAACAAUUCGUCUUCGGAAACGGAUACGGAUCAGCCUUAUUUCCUUAAACCAAAUUCUCCAGCUCAUGAUAAAUCUUCCAGUUGGGACAUGUUUUUUAAGAUAUUUUCUGGCAAAAAUACGGAGGAAAAGUUUCAAACUACUAGUGAUAUACUGACCAUUGAGAUUAUGUACAUGAUUCUGAAUUAUUACAUUCGCCAUAGUCUCACUCAAGAAGCAUUAGAAGAUUUGCUACGUAUGAUGAACAUCAUAUCCGGUAAAAAGUUUCUUCCGGAGACAUUUCAAACUUUUUCUAUGCUGUUUGAAGGAAAGACGUCGACUGCUCAAAGAGUAUACAUUUGUACUAACUGUCAGUACGACUAUGGCAUUAUGAAACCUGCAUCAACAACGUUGUGUCCUAUUUGUAGAUCUCGGGAAAUUGAUUUCUUUCUGUUUAUUCCUAUUGAACCUCAAUUAAAAGAAACGUUCAACAAAUAUCAUAGCGAAAUCGAGCAGUAUGCGGAAACCAUUGAACGUAAUGAAAUAGCUGAUAUAAACCGCGGAAGAAAUUUUAUCAAUAUGUCUCAAAGAGAUCCAGGAAGGUAUCUCACACUAAGCAUCAACACAGACGGAGCAGCAGCUUUUAAGUCCACGACAAGAAAACCUUUAUACCCCAUUUUUUGUACGUUGAACAACUUACCUCCGGCCAUUCGCUUCCAGAAAUCUAACCUAAUGUUAGCAGGACUAUGGCUAAGCACCGGAGAACCGAAUCCAAAUUUAUUGUUUAAAUAUGUUAUCCUCGAGUUACGAAAACUGCAAGAAGGUAUUAUCAUCGAGGACAAGCUGUAUAAAGUUGGUCUACUACAAAAUUGUUUGGAUUCUGUUGCGCGCUGUAAAGUUCAAUGUAACAAGCAGUUUAAUGGUGAAUAUGGUUGUACAAUAUGCCUUCAUCCGGGGGAAUCCAGAAGUCGUAGGAAUGGACGAUGUUACCCUGUAAAAAUCGCAAAAAUACGUGAUAACAAGUCUACUCGAAAUAUGAUGGAUGAAGUCAACCGAACAGGGCAAAUCUAUUUUCACACAUUUAAAUCAUUUCGAUUUAAUCGCAGGGUAUCCAGUUGAUUAUAUGCACGCAGUGAACCUAGGAGUCAUGAAACAUAUGAUGGCAUUGUUAACUGAAACCGAAAAUCACAAGGAAGAAUAUUAUAUUGGACGAAAAUUACAAGCAAUUGACGAAAGAAUCCGAAGUUUUCGCCCCCCAAGCAGUUUUCCACGAAAUCCCAGGCCAUUGGAUGAACAAAAACGAUUUAAAGCCAAUGAAUGGGAAGCAUUUAUGCUUUACUAUAUUUACCCGUGCCUGUAUGGUAUAUUAAGUGAACCAUUCUUGACGCACAUUAUGGAGCUCUCUUCGGUAAUCUUUCAGUUGCUAGAUCAUAAGCUGAGUAUGGCAAAAAUAGAUGAAUGUGAGCGACGUAUUGAAGAAUUUGUAAAGCAUUUCGAAACGUAUUAUGGAAGGGAUAACAUGACUUACAAUGUCCAUUUGCUGACGCAUUUGGUUUACACGGUUCGUAACACAGGAGCUUUGUAUAAUAGCUCACUCUACCCAUAUGAAUCAGGUAUAUAUUCAAAAUUAAUAAUAAAAUGUUAUUUAACACAAAUAAUGUUCUUGCAGGGAACGGAAUGCUACUCAAAUUUAGGAGCGGUAAUAACAAACCGGUUAUUCAAAUUGAGCGUAAAUUUCGUCUCAAUAGACUGGUGCAUAUGACACAUGCACCAGAGAAUUCGGUAAUUCAACCUUGGAUCUGUUCGCUCUGGACUACAUCUCAUCCUGUCAUCGAAUAUAAUGGACAUCUUUUGUUUACUGUAGACUCUAAUAUAACAUAUGAAAAUGGAUUGGUAGAAACUGAAUUUAGCACACUUGAUAAGAUCCAUUUCAAUGGGUUUAAUAUUUGUAGCAAAACAUUCUGCCAAAAUUACCGAUACGAUGAUUCCUGGGUGUGCAAAAAUGACAGAUUUUAUAAUAUACGCAAAAUUCUAAGCGACAAACUAAAUAAUCCGUAUUUUUUGGGAGAGUUACUCGAUGUGGAUCGUAUUCAUGACAAUUUGUAUAAAUAUGAAGAAACAAAAAAUUUCAGUAUUGUUAAAAUUGAUACAUCUAUUCAACAAUGUAUAAGCAUGAGAAUUAAAUGUGAUAAUAAUGUUUUGAGAUUCAUCGCUAAAUGUAAAGCAAUAACGCAGACUGACUGAGGAACAGAAUCAAGAAUUAUAAAUUGAUUGACACAACCUUUUCUUUUUGUUGCAACAUAUUUUUUAUUACAUUGCCGCCUCAAAACUUAAGGUGAAGCCAGAGUAAACGCGACAGCGCGAUGCGACGCGA